CCCCUACUGGAGACCUGCAAAGCCGCCGCCGUGGAAGGGGUGGAGCGGCACUAUGGAGGAGGAGGAGGAGAAGGGGGACGAGACUCUUCAGGGGCGGCAGCAGCAGCCCUGGAGUUCUCCUGAAAAAGGUAUGGAUAAGAACACAGAUGAAGAGCAGCCUUCAACUGCCUGUAACCAGUACCCUAAAGAAGCAGUGAAGAAACGUCAGAAUUCGGGUCGAGGUUCCGGGAGCAAUGAUUCGUCCAGGACCUUCAGGAAAAGCUUCAGACUGGACUACAGAUUAGAAGAGGAUGUAACUAAAUCAAAGAGAGGCAAAGAUGGGAGAUUUGUCAACCCAUGGCCAACAUGGAAAUCACCAACUUUACCAAACAUUUUGAAAUGGUCCUUCAUGGAAAAAAAUAACAGCAAUGUGCCACGCUCAAAGCAGGAACUUGACAAAGAACUUCCAGUGUUACAACCUUACUUUGUUCAAACGCCAGAAGAUGCUGGGAAAACAGGAGCUGGUAUGCGAGUCACGUGGCUGGGACAUGCCACGGUUAUGGUGGAAAUGGAUGAACUUGUAUUUCUUACUGACCCAAUCUUCAGCCAGAGAGCUUCCCCUAUUCAACUGUUGGGUCCCAAGCGCUUCCGAGGGCCUCCAUGCACAGUAGCGCAGCUCCCCAAGAUAGAUGCGGUGUUGAUCAGCCACACCCACUACGAUCAUCUGGACUACAACAGCGUGGCGAGUCUGAACGAACGCUUUGGGAGUGAGCUGCGCUGGUUUGUGCCUCUGGGGCUCCUGCAGUGGAUGCAGAGAUGUGGUUGUGAGAAUGUGAUUGAACUGGAUUGGUGGGAGGAGAACUGUGUCCCUGGUCAUGAUGCGGUAACUUUUGUCUUCACCCCUUCCCAGCAUUGGUGCAAAAGGACUGUGACAGAUGAUAACAAGGUUCUCUGGGGCAGCUGGUCUGUCCUGGGACCUUGGAAUAGGUUUUUCUUUGCAGGAGAUACUGGAUAUUGUUUUGCUUUUGAACAAAUAGGUAAAAGGUUUGGACCUUUCGAUCUUGCAGCCAUCCCCAUUGGAGCUUAUGAGCCAAGGUGGUUUAUGAAAUACCAGCAUGUGGAUCCUGAAGAAGCAGUAAGAAUCCAUAUUGAUGUUCAAGCAAAGAAGUCUGUAGCAAUUCACUGGGGGACCUUUGCUUUAGCAAAUGAGUAUUACUUGGAUCCUCCGGUUAAAUUGAAUGAAGCUCUGGAAAGAUAUGGCUUGAAAAAGGAUGACUUCUUUCUCUUACGUCAUGGAGAAUCACGGAAUUUGAAUACAAAUGACCGUUUUGAAAACUGAAACAGUGUCAGUUCCUUUGUUUUAGGAGCAGUGGGAAGGCGAAAAGGAAGUUCACUGUCAAUGCAGCAAUUGUCAAGUUUCUGCUGGGAAUCAUGCCAACUUCUAUUUCUGCCUUAACUGUAUUCCUGGGUGAUGCAGCAAAGAUGCCAGUCUCUGAGUGAAUGGGGCAGAGUCCCUGCAGAGUGUGAAGAAAAUUGAGUCUUCACUGUAUUCCUCAAUGAUGGUGCCUUCUUCAUCAUUCAUGUUCUUUUUCAAGUUUGCUGCAAAUGCCAGGGCUCGAACUAGAAUGUCUCUGUUUAUAUAGUUGUCAAAAAGUAACAACAUUGAUGGCACCUAGAAUGUUGAAGAAAUAUUCCACACUUAAUCACCAGCAGUAAGUAUGUGUAACUAAAUCAAAUUUCAAAAAAUGGAAAAAAAUGUGUACCUAAACCAGAAAUUGUAUGAAAUCCCAGGACUUUGUAUGCUGUGAACUCCUGUCAGAAAUUUGUGCAGUGUGCAAAUGUUCUCUCUAGAAAAGACUGGCCUAUGAAUCAAUGGACUAAUAACAGCUUUGUAUUUUCAAUCUCCAAAAUGUGGCUGUCUGGAAAACUCCCACUUGGAAGAGAAGGUCUGCUUCUCAGCCACAUUGAUUUUUGUCCUGAAUGUUUUUGUAGCAUAUCUGAUAAAUGAAAAAAUAAUAUGCUUAACAGAGAACUGAAUAUUUAGCUACCCGAAAUUUGUUUGAAUAAUGAAAAGACAGCAUUAUCUAGACUAACUUUGCUCAUGGUAGAUAGCUCACAAAUACAACAUUGCAUGCUUUGAGAAAGUUACUUUAGGGAGAGAGACGAGGAUGCAGCACCAUUCCAGCCCCAACUGUUUUGGUGUGAGGAAAUGAAACUAAAAGAAACCUAUGUGCCAAGGCCAGCACAGAAAAUGUCACACAAAUUUGUCCAUGAAAAAAUAAGUAAAUGCACAGGGAAAGUUCACUUAGAGGCAACAGUUUUAUGGCUGCAUUUGAAUAAAGGGGUGGGGAUUCCAGUGGAAUUGGGCUGGGUUUGGUCUAGUACAUUGGCUAUAGAAACAGAAAUUGAGAAGGAUCACUUACAGUAUUGUUCUAUUUAAUGGUUUUCAAUCUAUAUAAUGACUGUAUGUCUGGAAAUGGAAGGUUAGAACAGGCUUCUGCAAGUUAUCAUUGAUUAUUUGGAAUGGUACACAAGAAGUACAACCAACUAUAUCCAAGUGCACAGGCCCCAUGCCUCUCCCUUUGUAAGCAUGGUAUCUGUACUACACUGCUCUCUGGAAUAAAGCCAGCCCAUGAAAGAAUGUGCAGUUAGGUACCAAUUUUAACCAAUCAGUGUCUAGAAUUUGUUCUGGAAUUGCAUAUGUAUUUCUAAUACACUAUAAUUCUUCUAGUGCAUGCAAUAUCUAAAUUGCUACACAUGUAUAUAUGCUAAAAAUAAAACAAAGCAACAAGAACCUUA